CUGAGGGAACUUUGUACCAUGAACUCUGUAAUAAAUUCAGAGGUUGGCAGCACUUGUUUCACUGUGGUAGCAUUUGCUUCCUUUGGCUUUUUUUUAGCUUCUUGCUUUUCAGUCUUGUCUUAGUAUGGCUUUCUUGCUUCUCCUGCUCUUUUGCUCUUUGGUUUUCUCUUCUGGCCAUGCUCUUGCAACUACUGGUGUUCUUGAUGGACUUCUUGCUAAUGGUAACUUUGAAGAUAGUCCCAAGUCUAGUAAGCUGAACAAAACUCGUAUUAUCGGCAAACAUUCUCUUCCAAAUUGGCUUGUCCGUGGCCAUGUUGAGUAUGUCUCUGGCGGUCCACAACCGGGCGGCAUGUUCUUCGCGGUGCCACACGGUGUUCAUGCAGUGAGACUUGGCAAUCAUGCAUCCAUCUCUCAGAACAUAACUGUUAAAGUAGGCAAACUCUAUGCGCUUUCAUUUGGUGCAUCGAGAACUUGUCCACAGGACGAGACAUUGAGAGUCUCCGUGCCACCCGUCUUCGGUGAUCUCCCUCUCCAAACUUUGUACAGCAGCAAUGGAGGCGAUACGUAUGCUUGGGCUUUCAUUGUCCGUAAAACCAAUCAAGCUAAUGCUACUACCGUCACAGUCACAGUUAUGUUCCAUAAUCCGGGAAUUCAAGAGGACUCAUCUUGUGGACCUCUUUUGGAUAUUGUGGCUAUCAAGGAGCUCGUUCCUCCGUUCCCCACAAGAUAUAACUUGGUCAAGAAUGGAGAUUUUGAAGAAGGACCACACUCAUUCAAGAACUCGACAUCGGGUAUACUCCUACCUCCAAGGCAAGAGGACGCAAUUUCCCCAUUACCCGGUUGGAUAAUUGAAUCACUCAAAGCCGUCCGGUUCAUCGAUUCAGCUCAUUUUUCCAUCCCAUAUGGCCAAUAUGCAGUCGAACUCGUUGCAGGGAGAGAAAGCGCAAUUGCGCAAUUGCUAAGAACAGUUGCUGGAAAAUCAUACAACCUCACAUUUGUCAUUGGAGACGCGAAAAAUGGCUGCCAUGGAAAAAUGUUAGUGGAAGCUUUUGCAGCAAAUGCGACGGCGAAAGUGCCUUUCGAGUCUCAUGGUAAAGGUAAGUUCGUGCCGGGGAGUUUGAAGUUCAUUGCCAUGGGAUCAAGAACAAGGAUCACAUUCUUCAGUUCAUUCUAUCACACUAAGAUUAAUGAUGUUGGGUCUCUUUGUGGACCUGUCUUGGAUCGAGUUAGAGUUUAUCCAAUCUAUUAGAACUGUUUCUCAGUUUUAGAGUUUCAUGGUUUGCAGUAAAAAAAAAAAAAGGAACUUGAUGGUUUUACUGCAUGUUGGAAUUUGGUUUAUGAGAGAACUGGGUGUUAGUAAUUAUUAUAUAUAUGAAGCCUUGGAUAUUUUGGAGCA